GACGACUUCCUUCUAAAAGGGAUAAGAUGGUGGUUUUCUACAGCGAAGUAAAAAUAGACUAGAAGUUUCCUUCGUCCGGUUGGCUAAGUUAUAUACUGAUCGAUGAUAACUACUGAGUACUAUUGCUGACAGUGUGUAUGGCCUCCCAAUGUCAAAUAGCCAGCACUCGACAAGAGGAGAAAGAUCGCCGGCUGGCUAUCCUUAUACAACAACAGGAAACUUUGGCAGCACGACAACUUGGAGCCAAGUCUGGACACCAAUAUAGACAGGAAAACCAAAACCUUGAUAGGGCCAUCAAAACAAGUCUUCUGUAUUCAUCAUUAAAAGGCAGAACGUUGAGAAGCAGCCAGUUAGGGGAUAUAGAAACUGAUGGACCACCUGCAGGUCAAACAUCAUAUCCAGAUCCCCUGCUGACAUUUCAUGAAGGAAACUUGUUACCUCAGGUCAAUAGUAAAUCUGUUCCCAUGAUGUCAUUCAGGAGAGCUAGACAGUUUCGUGUGUCAGAUAGUUCUGAUGACAGUCACAUGGGGGCGCUGGCUGAUGAGCACAUGGUAUGGCAACAAACAGCACUUGUAGAUGGUGGUCAAUAUAAUCUGUCUAAUGAGGACAGCCCUAACAGCCAAACAAAUGAAAAUAGAAAUACAAUACCUUCAAAUUUGAAUGAAAAAACUUUAUCACAUGAUGAUGAAGAUAGCCCUGAAAUUCAAGGAGCUUCAAAUUUUUCUGAGCGACCGAGGAGUCGAGGGAAUGAGGAUGAAGAUGACAUUUCUAGAGAAAUUGAACAGUUAUUUAAAAUGGGAGCAAUAAGCUCAGCAGAGGCAGAAACAAUUCAGGAGAGUCAACAGCGCAAGUUCAGGUUAAAUAAUAUGACAAAGUGGCAGAGAAAUAGUGACGAUGAAGAACUACGGCCAUUUGUUUUUGAUACUGAUGGAAUUCCUAUUAACUGGACGGACGACAUGGAAUCAACCAAUCAGAGACCUGGACUCUCCAUGGAUGUUAGACUUGUUGAGCUACAUCCAGGACAAAUGGAAUAUGAUAAAAUUGAUGACGAGUUCAAUGAAACAGGAAUUAAAAUUACUAAAAUAGAACGAAUACAAAACACAUAUUUAUUAGAGAGGUUUAAGUCUGAGAUGGAGGACACAACAAGACGAAGACAUUCAGGAUUUGAUCUAAACAUACGCUACCUGUACCAUGGAACAAAGGCUGACAAGAGUCGUGUCAGUGAGGAGGGACUGGAUCAGAGGCUCAGUCGAAUGGGCUAUUUCGGUAAAGGUAUUUAUUUCAGUGACAACCCCCUAAAAUGUGUACAUUACACGGAGAACAUGGACAGUCUCGGUGAUGCUUACAUCCUCAAGUGCAGAGUCAUUCUGGGGGACUCCAAAUGCUUCCCUGAAGGCCAGUAUGAUACGGCCCUGAAACGAGAACCGGAGAAGGAAAAUGUUCGACCUGGAAUGUGGAGGUUUUACGACUCUGUAGUGGGCUGUCCGCGGGACUACAAUGAGUUUGUAGUGUAUGAGAACAGAAGAGCCAUGAUUGAGUACAUCAUUUCGUUUAAACUUGGACCAGAAGGAACGGCUGCGAUGCAACAAUUGAACACUCCUUCAGUGUCCGUAGCCAACACUCCAGGUGGAGAAGGUGAACCAGUUGACGAUAAUCAUCUUGAUCGGAUCAGAGAAGUACGAGAGGCAGUUCGCCGAAAGCGAUGUCAGGACAGGGGGAUUAUUUAUAGUGAACCAAACAAGCAAAGAAAACAUAAAGAUGACCAGAUGUGGAACAAGCUACAGAUGUUGCAUGGGGUCAAGCCAGAAGUGGACAAACCAGGAAAGAUCAUACCUGGAGCUUCAGCACCUGUCCAGGAACUGAGUAGUCAAUCAGAUGACGCCAAGAUUAACAACACAGACAGUUUAACUAUGUCAGGGGGAGUUAACUACGAACAGGAACCAGAUCCUGUGGAGCAGGUGAUGAGUGGACUUCUUCAGGAAUUCCUUGGAGUCACUGAUACAGAUGAUGUGGAGAUUGCCAAAUACUACAUCACAACCAAUAAGAUGAACAUCAAUGAUGCUCUAAUGAACUACUAUAAUGAUUUACCGUGAUUAAUUUUCAUUUUUAAAAAAAAUGUCAAUGAAUUGGCAUCUGGCAUUCUGAUUAUGUAAUUUGGUUAAAAUUUCAAUGUUUCUUUAGGUUUUUUUUGCUGAUAGAUGUAAAGUUCUACUUACCAUAGCUGGGGUUUAGUCUCAUAUUUAUCAGUAGAAAUAAACAGGUCAUUUACUAUUGCUAUUUUGUAUAAAGCUUCCUCUUCUUAAUUACACAUGAAGAAAAAUUUGAAAUCUCAUAUUUUCACAAUUCAAACUGGGAGCAAACGUUACUUGUCUUGGGGGGGUUAGUCACCCACGGAUAAUAUACACAAAUUUAUAUUUCAACAAAUACAUCUAAGAUGAGUUUGAGAAUUGGACUUGACAUACAUGUAUGGUGAAGAUUGAUAUACCUGCAGGCUUUGAACACCUAGCCGAGAGGUGUACUGCAGCCUGUAGCUGUAUUAAUCCCUCCAGUGGUUGAUCUUGAUGGAAGGGAACAUAGGAUGUGUGAUGAAAUGAGACAAAUCAAAGAAAAACUCAGGUGGGUGGGAAGAUGAUCGAACAACUUUUUACAUCCGAUCUGGAAUCCAACCUGUGCUGCAUGGUGCAAGGUGACUGUGCUUUCCACUGUACACCCGACAUCAUCUGGACUUUCAUGGAUUAUUGAAAGACACAUUGUCUUCAUGUGUGAUGUCUGUGAUGAAAAAACAUUUAUGAUUUUUAGCUCACCUGGCCCAAAGGGCCAAGUCAGCUUAUG